UUCGGAGGUCUUAAGUGUGGCAGUUUUGGCAACUCCAUCUCCACCUGCCGCUGGCGCUGCUGCUGCUGCUGCAUGCACGGACAGAAGUUAUGAGCUAUAGACAAAAGAAAGCAGAAGCUAAUCCUGAUAGGGAUCGUAAUGCCACUGCAAACCGUGGCGAUGUAGCAGGACCCUCCAGACAAGCCUACCCUGCAAUAUCUCAGCAGACGACCUCGGCUGGGCGGCCCCUGGCAGGCUUGCCAAAACAAGUGCGCUGGCAAGAUGGCGGUGUUGUCGCAUGCAGUGAACCAGGUUGCGAGGGUUUGGGCUUUGCGAACCAACAUGCUGCUGCAGCCCAUCACAUAUUGAGGCACAACAAGACGCGUGCGGACGUCUUCGAUGCAACGUUCGGCGCAAGAGACAGCGCCGUUUCUGUCAGAGUUCAGGACAUGGAGAUACCCAUCCAUGACUUCCUGCAGGGUUCCGACCUCGGUAACUUCGGUGAACUAACGGUUUGCUUGAAAUGUUACGAGGACGGCAUCUCGUCAGGGCGCAUGCACCUGCGCAUGAUUGUGCACAGGACGGCACAGCGCCAGCACUACAAGACAGGUCGUAUAGGCAAUCGCAGGCUGUCCGAUCACACAGCUGUCAUCACACUGCGGGACCUUCGAGACCGCCUGGCAGCCCAAGGUGACAGCUGGAUUGCGCGGUGCCCAUCACACCUUCAUGUUUGGGACAAAGCGGAGGUCAACAGCAACAUUACCACUGCGGGCCAUGAUACAGGGACUUCACCGCCUGGAGACACAACAGAUAUUAUGGGCCCCACAGCAGCUCGCAAGAGGCGUCAGGCCAGAGCUGGGGAGGGAAACCCUAAGCGUCGUCUGUGCAUCAUUGAAGAAGAACAAGAAGCGGAAGAAGAAGAAGGAGAAGAUGAUGACGAUGUGGCGCGCGUGGACGGAAACGGAGGUCACGGUGGUAACGAACGACGUGAAGCCGAUAUGCCUUCCGUUCGGGAAAGGAGCGAUGAUGACGGCCACAGGGUUGAGAGGCACGCUCGCCUUCACGAUGAGCAUCCUGACCACAGCGAGGCGUCGGGAUCUGCUGCCCUGCCCCGAGAUUCUGACACCCAAGUUGCAUGUUCGCCUUUGGAGGACUUGUUAGAAGGUGUACGAGGUUCAGCACCGCACGCAACCACGGAGCACUACCUCAGCAUGCUCACGAGGGCUGCGAAAGAUGGCCUGUUCGACCCAUCAAACAUACCCACAGAGCUCAACCACCACCUUAUGCACCUUGGAGCGGUAUACAACAUGAUGGUGUCAUUGGACGCGACUCAGGAGGAUGGCCUGUACUCGGCCUUUGUAUGCACGCUGUCCAAGAUUAGGGACACCUUGAGCACCACCGACCAUGUAAAGAUGGCCGACGCCGAGGCAACAUACAAGGCGAGCAAGGCCACCAUUGCCGGGCAUCGUGAAACCGCUGGAAGACUGAGGGCCACCAAUGAGAAGGUGGUGAAGCCACUGCUUGAUGCGUCCGAGAGGCUUGCGCGGGAGGCGAAGGAGCUCUAUGCUGCAAUCGCCAAACAGGAGGCGGCAUGCUUGGAAUCUGCGGAGCACGAGGAAGCGAAGUCAGCUUAUAGCUACUAUAAGCAGAUGGAGACCGACGUCGUUGUGAACGACAUCUUGGUCUUGGCGGCAGAUGCCAUGCCAAACCGCUUUAUGAACGACACGAUGAAGGAACUUCUGCAGUUUCCCAAGCAGCGGCAGGCAAGCCUUCCCAAGCGUGUGAACGACCCUGGAAGACCACCAGAGCUCGGCAACGACAGGGAUCUGGAGGAACCCCAGGUCAUCAAGAAGCUUGGUAGCCGGCUCGACGGUGUUUUGCAGGUUGCCAAGUGCUGUGGGUUUCCAGUCAACGUCACAGGGCCACAAAUGCCAAGGCCCCUAACGACGCCGAAGGACACCAGCGCACCAGCAGACUCUCCAGACGAGCAGGGGCUUGCAACUCUUGCUGAAGCAGCAGCCACUCAAAAAAACCAUGUUAGUGUGCUGCCGUCACAGCUUCCACCUCCGUUAUGCAGCCAAUCCGGCUCCGAGGGUGGUGUCCACGAGGACCUGCCAUCACAGCCUUUUGCCAGGGGUCCUGGGACUCAAGUCGUCCCAGAAACAUGCCUGGACGACUGCCUGGCGGAGAUGCCUGAUGCACGGCAACUGGGAGCGCAAGUCCGUGGAUCUGGUGCGCCCAAGUUAGCAAUGCAGCUUGUUGGGCCUCAUGGCAAUGGUGGGCAGGAGGUGGAGACUGGCGAGGAUGAGGAAGGGGACGAGGAUGAGGAAGGGGACAAGGAUGAGGAAGGGGACGAGGAUGAGGAAGGGGACGAGGAUGAGGAAGGGGACGAGGAGAUGUACGGUGCUGGGUUUCCGCUGAGCAUUUGCUACCAGCAGUAAGAUUUUUGACGUAUCGGAUGUAUGGUGAUGAUCGUGACCACGUCCCCCAAUACGUUGUGUGGGAGGUGUCAUGGGUGUAAGGAGCAGGACGAACGUGAGGGGCCCUCUGGCACGCGGCUGCACACGCACACGCACACGCACACGCACGUGCGAAUACCGUUGGUCGGGUCACAGAGCAAAAUUGCAGUGCCUUUGUAACAACAAUAUCUUG